CUCAUACAAUGCUUUUGAAGGAGGCAGGCCUACUUGGCGCCACGCAGCCAGUCAGGAUGCUGUGCAGCUUUUCCUCUUCUCCAUUGCCCCACCACAGAGUAGCGCAGCAGUUCAGACAGUAUAGUAGAACCAACGUAGCCAUACAUAACGAAUAUAUUAGCAGCGCAAAAUCCACUGGUGCCACCGGACUAUUUCCUUGCAGCGCAAUGAGCGGCCAGCACAGAAGGACCAGGAGCCUUGUCUCAUGUGCAGCUGCUGCAGCAGCGCCUGCAGUCACAGCAACAUCACUCAUACGACAGAUACAGCAUGACCUUCGAUCAAAGGCUCGCAGUGCAGUAGAGAUCACAGAGCAGUACCUGGAGCAGCUGGAGGCAGCUGAGCCGCAGAUUCGCAGCUUCAUCACAGUGGCGGCUGAGUCAGCGCGCCUAUCAGCUCGCCAGCUGGACGACAGGAUAGCCAGGGAGGGUGCAUCAGGGCUGGGCCCGCUAGCCGGCGUCCCCUUUGGAAUCAAGGACACACUGUGCACAGCGGGAGUGGAGACGACAGCAGGAGCGAGGGUGCUCAAAGGAUACGUACCCUCCUACGACGCCACGGCCGUCGCUCGGCUCAAGGCGGCCGGCGCGGUCAUGAUCGGCAAAACAAACUGCGAUGCCUUUGCCAUGGGUUCCACCACAGAGUCCAGCGACUACCAGGUCACCCGGAAUCCAUGGGAUUUGGACAGGGUUCCAGGGGGGUCUUCAGGCGGCUCUGCAGCUGCAGUGGCUGCCGACCAGUGCGUGGGGACUCUGGGGAGCGACACAGGUGGCAGCAUUCGGCAGCCAGCGCACUUCUGUGGCGUGGUGGGCAUCAAGCCCACAUACGGGCGAGUCUCAAGGUCGGGAUUGAUCGCGUAUGGGUCCUCUCUGGACUGCGUGGGUCCUUUAGCACGCACUGUGGAGGACGCUGCGCUCAUGCUCAGCACCAUAGCAGGGAGGGAUGACCUGGACGCCACGUCAUCGCCACGGCCGGCGCAGGAUUAUGCGGAGGGCCUGCCCCAGGCCAGCAGCCUCAGCAGCCGCCCCCUGGCCGGCAAGCGCAUCGGCAUCAUCCGUGAAACUACGGGCGCCGGCGUUGCCGCAGGGGUCUCUGACGCAUUCGCGAGGGCCGCGCGACAUCUAGAGAGCCUGGGCGCUGACGUGGAUGAGGUUUCUCUGCCAUCGUCAGAUGCCGGGCUGCCUGCUUAUUACGUCAUCGCCACGUCAGAGGCCUCCUCCAAUCUGUCGCGGUUCGACGGCGUGCGCUAUGGCCUCCACAAGCAGGUGGCGAACAUAAGGGAGUUGUACAAUGAGACGAGGGGCGAGGGGCUAAACGCAGAGGUGAAGCGCCGUAUCCUCAUGGGCACCUACGCUCUGUCAGCCGGUUACUACGACGCUUACUACAAGCGCGCACUGCAGGUGCGGACGCUCGUGCAGAGGGAAUUGUAUGCUGCUCUGGCAGAGCACGACGCGCUCAUAAGCCCGGCCGCGCCAACAGCGGCGUACAGAAUAGGGCAGGUCAACUCGGAUCCGUUGGAGAUGUACAAGGGCGACCUCAUGACUGUCAACAUCAACCUUGCAGGCCUGCCAGCAAUGGUGGUGCCAUGUGGAUUUGAGGAGGGCGGAGGUAGCCAGGGGCAAGCUCUGCCGGUGGGAUUGCAGAUCAUCGGCCGCGCUUUUGGCGAGGCCGACAUGAUCACCAUCGGACAUAUCUUUGAGCAAACCUGCGAAUAUGCCCGUGGCAGACCUGAGGGCUUCAGGUAGAAGUCAACAAACAUACCUGGGGAGCAAAGUAGUCAUGGUAAUGUCUAAGGAGUUUAGGAUAGUGUUCUGUGACGAAAACCCGUAGUAAUCUAGAGAUCACUGAGCUUGUGGGUUAGCCUCUAUUCCUUUAAGUUGUAAUGAGUUGAAGGUCUGCAAUUGCCCCUUGGUGGCGCCAGGGUGGCGCCUUGAAGGGCCUUUGCAAACCUGUUCAGCUGCUACUAGUACAGUACAGUACAGUACUGUGAUGGGGCAAAAUAUGUAUUGCAGGUGGCGCUUGUUUCUUUAGAAUUAUGGGUAUUGUAAAACAAUGCUCCCAUCAUGGGAGUCCCAUGUC